AUGGCCGCCAAUGACUACUACCACACCAAUAUCCCACAACCCCCAAGCUAUGAUCAGGCUGUGCCAGGGAAGACAGAUCACACAGCGAACACAGUCCCUGGAAUAGGGUAUCAAUAUCACAACAACCACGACGAUCCCUCAGCUCCUUACCACAAUCGAGAAAGUCAACAAUCAUUUGUCUCGGAGAAUGGACAAUAUCAGACAGCAGGCCGGGCGGGCGAAGGCGACCACUACUCAGAGAACAUCCCUUUAAAGGCCAACACACAAUAUGGAAACAAUCCUGAUUGGAUGCGCCAGCAGACUCAUUAUCCCCCAUCGCCAGGGGGGCUCGAGGAUAGCCGCCAACGUGAUAGCCGAAAGAAAAAGGGAUUCUUCAACAAAAAGAUUGCCUGGGCCACAUACCUUUUGACAUUAGCCCAGAUCAUCGUGUUCAUUGUCGAACUGGUCAAGAAUGCUCAGUUGACAGGGUCAAUCAUUGAGACGAAACCCACCUUUAAUCCGAUGAUCGGACCAUCGCCAUACAUCCAAAUUUAUAUGGGAGCACGCUACGACCCGUGCAUGAAGAACGUGGAGGGAAUUCAGAACGCCAAUACAACCAUCGGAUGGCCCUGUCCAUCGACCACCUCGACGACGACUGGCCAAAAUUGCACCUUGUCACAACUUUGCUCUUUCGGCGGUGUUCCCAACCCUGUCCCUAAUGGGUCAACAGAUGACCAGCCGGCUCCCAACCAGUGGUACCGGUUUAUCAUCCCCAUGUUCUUACACGGCGGAUUCGUUCAUAUUGGCUUCAACCUGCUGGUUCAGAUGACCAUGGGUGCAGACAUGGAACGUAUGAUCGGUGUCUGGCGGUACACGGUGACAUACUUCGCCAGUGGUAUCUUUGGUUUUGUCUUAGGUGGAAACUAUGCGUCUCAGCUCGACCCUAGUGAUGGAUGCUCUGGUGCUCUGUUUGGUAUCCUUGCACUCCAUCUACUGGAUCUGCUGUACGACUGGCCCCAGCGCGAGUCCCCGUGGGUCGAGCUGAUCAUCAUGGUCCUGGGUGUGGCCGUUUCAUUCGUUCUUGGCCUUCUCCCAGGAUUGGACAACUUUUCUCACAUCGGUGGCUUCAUUAUGGGUCUGGCUAUUGGCUUGACUAUUAUGCGGUCUCCCAACGCCCUCCGAGAACGAAUCGGGCUGGCGCGUCAGCCAUACGUUGCCAUGAGCGGCGGUGUUGGUCAAAGUGAAGGUGCGCCGAAUUCUAGAAAGACUGUAUCUUUUUUCGACUUCUUCAAGGGCAAGCGAAGCCUUACCUCCAGCUCCUCUGAAACCCCAGGUGACACCAAGGGUCCACUCUACUUCUUCAAAGGCCGCAAGCCUCUUUGGUGGUUGUGGUGGGUUGUCCGUGCCGGUGCCCUAGUUGCCGUUCUUGUUGGUUUCAUUAUGUUGAUUGUUGACUUUUACAAAUACCCUUCCUCGAACUGCUCUUGGUGUUACAGACUGAGUUGUCUGCCCGUCAAUGGUUGGUGUAAGCAGACCAGCUUGACAUACACCAGCAGCACUUGA